CCGUCAGGCCAUCGGGAGCCGCCGCUUGCCCGCCCGGCCCGGCCCGGCUCGGCUCGGCCCCGCUCGGGGGCGCUGAAUAAAGCCGCGGGGCCCGCCCGCUGCCGUCCCUCCCUUCCCCUCCCUUCCUCCCUCCCUUCCUCUCUCCGCCUGGUGCCGCCACCGCCGAGGAGGAGGAGGAACAUGGCGAAAGCGGAGCAGGUCCUCAGCCUCGAACCGCAGCACGAGCUCAAAUUCAAAGGUCCUUUCACAGAUGUUGUCACUACAAACCUGAAACUCGGCAAUCCUACAGACAGAAAUGUGUGCUUCAAAGUCAAGACCACAGCACCACGCAGAUACUGUGUAAGGCCUAACAGUGGAAUUAUUGAUGCAGGAACAUCAAUUAAUGUUUCUGUGAUGCUACAGCCUUUUGACUAUGACCCUAACGAGAAAAGUAAACACAAGUUUAUGGUUCAGUCUAUGUUUGCUCCAGCUGAUACUUCAGAUAUGGAAGCAGUAUGGAAAGAGGCAAAACCAGAGGAACUCAUGGAUUCGAAACUUAGGUGUGUGUUUGAGCUACCAGCGGAAAAUGAUAAGCCUCAUGACAUAGAAAUAAAUAAAAUUGUAUCCACAACUGCAACAAAGACAGAUUCCUCUGUAAUGUCUAAAUCAAUAAGUUCUUCUUUGGAUGACUCUGAAGUUAAGAAAGUAAUGGAAGAAUGUAAGAGGCUUCAAGUAGAAGUUCAGAGGUUACGGGAGGAGAAUAAACAGUUUAAGGAAGAAGAUGGACUUCGGAUGAGGAAGGCACCCCAGACAAACAACCCCAUAUCUGCUUCUGCAGCUGCUGUGAAGGAUGAAGGGCUCAGCUCCAGACUACUCGCUUUGGUGGUUUUGUUCUUUGUCAUUGGUGUAAUUAUAGGAAAAAUAGCCUUGUAGAGGCAGCAUGCUGGAAAUUGUAAAUUGAUUUGAUGGUUCUGCCAUAUCAUUGGAUUAAAUUUAUUCAUAACAAUGUUUAAAAAAAAAUUAAUGUAUGACAUCUCACAGGUCUUGCCUUUAAAUUACCCCUGCACAAAUAUUAUGUAACAUAAUCUAGAAAGUUUAAAAUGUACAAUGAAUGAGUGAAUGAAAGAGAAUAAUCUUCAGUGAUGAAGGCAGGAAGAAAAUCAUGAUUUAACACUACAAUGGAAUAUUGUAUAUGUCAUUUUAAACAUUCUUAGACCCUGGUACAUGUUGCUGAAUUACCUCUUUUUAAAAAAAGGGAGAAAAAAAGGAAAAUAGAAAAAAAAACUAUUCCUCCACUGCUGGAGCUGGCCCUAUUGGAUGUUUGGAGCUGGGUUAGGCAGGAGGUGUUGAUAACUUCUGUAAAAUAUGUUAAUCCACCAUUCUGCUCAUAAAUUUAACAGUUUCUGUCAGUGUCUUCAACUCUGUGCAAGUUACCAAUUUCUUGGCACUUAAAUGAAUAGUGAGAAGCUGAGAAGAAUUGUAUGUGGCAAUGCUGAAUGUGCUAGGCAUCAUUAAGAGGCGUAUAUUGACUGGUAUGACGCUCGUUUGGAAUAAAGGUCAAUGCCUUGUUCUCAUGAAGGGACCAAGCUACAUUGCUGUUGGUUCAUUUAGUUGAAUUAAAAUGUUAUUCAGAGAUGUUUAAUGCAUAUUUAACUUAUUUAAUGUAUUUCAUCUCAUGUUUCCUUACUGUCACAAAAUUGACUAAUACUAUAUGGUAUGAAAAGACACCUGUUCUAAAGCCAGUGACUAGAACUAAAAAACUGCUGCUGUAGUGAUGCGAGAUUCUUCUGCCUCCUGGUGUUUUGGGCACUACACAUAAAUUGUUGGGAGUUUUGAUCAUCCGAGCAUUGGAGAAACAGUGGUCAGGAAACUGUUUUUGUAUGUAAAUAAGUCUAUCUAGGGGAAAAAAUAUUAGUAGUAAACUAGUCCUAUGCCGUAAAAAGACCAAUCCUGUUUGAUGAUGUAGCAUCUAAAAAAAAAAAAAAAAAAGAAAAGAAAAAAAGAAAUUAAAUAAAGCCCCCAAAUUAA